AUGGAUUUCGAACUGCGAAAUAUCAAAGAUUUCCUUCAGCUGUACAACAAAAUCACCGAUAUGUGUUUCAAUUCAUGCGUAGACAACCUGUACGGACGGGAUCUAACGCGCGAGGAGAUUUCAUGUGCCGAUAAUUGUGUUCUCAAGUUUACCAACGUAAAUCAGCGAUUACUGAAGGUGUACGUUGGUGUCCAGGCCGACAUUAACCAGCGAAGAAUGGCCGAAGUUGAGGCACAGCAAGCGAAAAUGAUGGCCGAAGCACAGCAACAACAGCAGCAGCAACAACAAGCAGCACUUGAAAGUACGGCUGAAGCGGCUAGCGCUCCCAGCACUACGGAACCUACAGCAGCAUGA